AUGGAUAACACGCAAUUAAAAGGAGAAACCAAAAACAAUAUUGCUACACCUUCAUCCUCUAUUUCCCAGACAUUACCAUCAAAUUCAUCUACAACGCCCACAGUUACUUCCUCCUCUGUAACUGCCACAAAUCCAGACAACCACGAUAAACCACUACCGAAUCCACUUCCAACAACUUCUUCCGCAUUUAAAUACAAAAUUGGUAAAAUUAGACAAACACCCCCAAUCUUGAAAGAUAUCAAAACGGGUUUAGAAUAUAUUAAAUUGAAUCCCAGGCCAAACUAUAAAUUAUAUGGUGUUACCAAAUUUUCUAAUUGUUACAAAAGCGAUUCACUUCUAGGUAAGGGCACUUUUGGUGAAGUUUAUAAAGGCACCCAUUUAGAAACCCAAAGGACAGUAGCAAUUAAAAAAUUGAUUAUUAAUGCGGAAUCAGAUGUUUUCCCAAUUACUGCUGAACGUGAAAUUGUGAUUUUAAAACAAUUAAAUCAUAAAAAUGUGAUAAAAUUGAUUGAAUUAAUUUAUGAUGCUUCACCUGACACUGACAAAAAUGGCAAUUCUGCUAUACAGAGAGAAACAAAAACACACUAUAAUUCACAUUUCCCCCAUUAUCAACGACAACAACAACAACAACAACAACAACAAGAACAACAACAUGUAACUGGCAAUCAUAAUAAUUUUUCCUCCUCCCCCUCUAUGAAAAAGUCUUUUUACAUGGUUUUGCCAUAUAUGAUUGCUGAUCUAUCAGGGAUUUUGCAUAAUCCACGUAUAACUUUGGAACUCUGUGAUAUCAAAAAUAUGAUGCUACAAAUUUUAGAAGGUGUAAAUUACAUUCAUUGCUGUAAGUAUAUGCAUAGAGACAUCAAAACAGCAAAUAUUUUGAUUGAUCAUAGAGGUGUCUUGAAAAUUGCUGACUUUGGCUUAGCAAGAGUUUAUUAUGGACCACCUCCUAAUUUGAGGUUCCCAGGUGGUGCUGGCUUUAAUGCUCAAUAUACAAGUGUAGUUGUCACGCGUUGGUAUAGGGCACCAGAAUUAGUGUUAGGUGACAAACAUUACACUACUGCUGUCGAUAUGUGGGGUGUUGGUUGUGUUUUUGCGGAGUUUUUCAUUAAAAAACCAAUUUUGCAAGGUUCGACGGACCCUGACCAAGGCCAUGAAAUUUUUAAAUUAUUGGGUACACCUACCUUUCAAGACUGGCCAACAGCCAAAUAUUUACCCGGUAAAACAUUGAUUGAGAAAACUUCAUACCCUUCAACUUUAACUCAAACAUACAGCAAAUAUUUAGAUGACCAUGGAUUGGACUUUUUAAAUAAGUUAUUAUGUUUAGAUCCAUAUAAAAGAAUAACUGCCAUGGCUGCUAAAUCGCACAAGUUCUUUAAUACAGAACCCUUACCCUCAAAAGAGUUGAAAUCACCCAGUGAAGAAAGUCACGAGGCUGAUAUUGCAAGAUUCAACAAAGAAAGGCUCGUACAAGAAGAAAGCUUUAAAAGGGAGAGAAAAAAGGAACAGGAUAUGGCAAAACCACUAAAUCUCCCCGUUGCACCAAGGUCAAAUGGCAGUAAUUUCACAAAGAAGGAAAAUCUGGAGCUUCCCUCUUCUUUUCCUUCAAAAGAUAAAAGCACUUUGAAAGAUUAUCAAAGUAGAAACAAAAGUAAUGACAAAGUUGGUGGCUGUGCCUCUAAAGAUAUUCCCAUGCAGCACAUUAAUAAUGACUAUGUUUUACCUAAAGGAAGAUACAAUAAUAAAAAGGAAAACAUUAAUAAAAUUGGCGACCAAAAUAAAAAAACAUAUAAUAAUCCUCAAGGAUUCAAAUUUAAACUAGGUCAGGAAAUUACAAAAUAUAAUCAGAAAGUUGCUAAUAAUUUCAGCAGACCACCUACUAAUACAAGAUACUCUAAUAGCUAUCAUAAUAAAAAUCCUAGCGAGAAUACCAGCGAAGUUACCAUUUCAAAACCUGUAAGUAAGCCUACUGCAUUCAAAAAAAAUGGUCUUAGCCUCAAUAAUAACACCGGUGUUAGCACUACCAACGCCAGGCACUCACAAUCUGUAGGAAAUUUAAAUGGAAGAUCUUCUUACAGAAACAAAAAUGGGAAUAGUGUCAAUUAUUUAAAUGAUUCUGUAAACUUUAGGGCCUUAAGAACAGACACUUACACUAGUAGUUCAAACUCAAAUGAGGUUCAAUUUUCCUCCCACAAAAUAAAUACUGAGCGCACAUCUAGUACUACCAAUAGUGUUAGUAGUAAUAUCAACGUUAGAGUAAAUAUUAACGAAGCCCAAUCUAAUGAAGAAAAGAAAAAUGAUCAAAAAAGUAGAAGCAAUGCAAAGAAAAUGGAAGGAACAGAUAUAGUUGAUUAUUAUUAA